AAAUGCUACAGACGUGUUCGUUUCAUUUGAAUUUCACUCCCGAGUAUUAAGAUUCUGCGUUUAAAAACCCGCAUCAUAUCGUAUUCGAAGUUCGAUUUCAUUUUCCUGAAUAACAAUUACGUAAUACAGUAUGACUGAAGUGAAACCAGAAGUUGGCGAGCUAAAGUCGUUUGAUGCCAGCAAAUUGAAACACGUUGAUACUGUGGAAAAGAACCCUUUGCCAUCCGUGGACACAAUUAAUCAGGAGAAAGUUGAUGCGAGAACAGAAAUCAAGGGAUUUAAUCCUGAUUCACUGAAACAUGUGAAAACAGAAGAAAAAAAUGCUCUACCAACAGCGCAGGAUCUUAGGGCAGAAUUGAUUCCAGAUUCUUUACCAGAUCGUAGUGAGGUAGCGUCAUUUGAUAAAUCUAAACUCAAACAGGUUGAAACCAAGGAAAAGAAUGUUUUGCCAACUAAGGAUGUGAUCAAGGAAGAAGCCACUGAUAGCCGAGCCGAGGUUAAAAUUUUUGAUAAAACCAAAUUGAAACAUGUUCAAACAGAAGAGAAGAACCCAUUGCCAACUCCACAGACAAUUCGAGCUGAAAUGCAGCCUGAUGACAAACCAGAUAUCAGCGAAGUAAAAAAAUUCAAUGCUGAAAACCUGAAACAUGUGGAAACGCAGGAGAAAAAUGUCUUGCCUUCAAAUGAUGAUAUCAAGGCUGAAGCAAUCGAUUCUCGUGCUGAAGUCAAAAGCUUUGAUCAGAGCAAACUGAAACAUGUAGAAACAGAAGAAAAAAAUCUUUUACCGACUCCUCAAGAUAUGAGAGCUGAACUACAGCCAGAUGACAAACCAGACAUCAGUGAAGUCUCCAAAUUUGAUGCUUCUAAACUGAAGCAUGUGGAAACACAGGAAAAGAACAUCUUACCAACCAAAGAAAAUAUCAAGGAUGAGGCAAUCGAUUCCCGUGCUGAAGUCAAAAGUUUUGAUCAGAGCAAACUGAAACAUGUAGAAACAGAAGAAAAAAAUGUAUUACCGACUCCUCAAGAUAUGAGAGCUGAACUACAGCCAGAUGACAAACCAGACAUCAGUGAAGUCUCCAAAUUUGAUGCUUCUAAACUGAAGCAUGUGGAAACACAGGAAAAGAACAUCUUACCAACCAAAGAAACAAUCAAGGAGGAAGCAGUAGAUUCGAGAGCAGAGGUCAAGUCAUUUGAUCAUUCCAAACUAAAACAUGUUGAAACAGAAGAAAAGAACCCAUUGCCUACCGCUGAUGUCUAAGCCUUCACUUGACAGUGAUUGAACACAAUAAAGCAAGAGAAGGGCAAAGCAUAAGUUGGAGAAAUCUAGUAAUGAUCAACAGUUUAUAACAAUCAUUACGAAAAUUAUCCUAGAAGAAUCACAUUAUCACAUUUAUAUUUGACAUUUACGUAGUGUAUGUACGCUGACCUGUGAACCAUCCAAUCAUUUAAUAGAGUGACCGUUGUUGCGCAGUAACGCGUUUGUUAUGUGAUGUAUACAACAUGUGUAUGAGGCAUUGUAAAAUUUGAAUGUACGAUUGACAAUCGUGUACUUUUCCAUUCCUCUACCUUAGUACACGGACACUGUCUUGAUAGAUUAACGACGUAAAAUGUUCAGUUAUCUGUAAAUCUAGAAUUCGUUAAGUGUCCUUCAUUUUUAUUUGAAAUUAUUUUGAUAUUAAAAUUUUUGGUGGUUUACAGAAUGAUUUUUUUUGUUUACAUUUUCAAAAUAAUGUUUUAAAUUCAGCUUGAUUUUUUUUUUUUCAUUCAAGAAUCAUGUGUACUGGAAAAACAAAAGAGCAUCUUUUCAACAAUGCGCCAUAAUAAUCCACCCACUAAAGCAGUAAUCCUGACUCUGCUUAAAAUAUUAUCCUUUCUUAUGCGAUGACUGAAGCUUAGAUGAGUGAGAUGCUCACCUAGUUAUAGUCUGCACCUCAGUAUAUGGUAGUUGUUUUACAAGGCAAUGUUUAAUAUGUGUCCAUUCAAAAUGAUGUAAAUCAUGUUAAUUUCACACCCACAAAUUUUCAUCAGUGAAAAACAUGAAAAUUUGUAGGAGUGAAAAUAGUAAAAUAAAUUGUUUACCAAAAAUUUGAGUGCAUGCAGAUGGCCCGUUUAGAUCCAGUAUUUCCAUGUUAGAAGUAAAUGCAAUAUCUUCAUGUUGAAUUUCCAACCUGCCAAAAUUAGUUCUUCCAGUGCUUUGUGGCAAAAUAGUAUUAAUUACCAAAUAGUUUACUCUUAGUAUUAUGCACAUUUACUCUGGAAUUUUGAAGAGUUCUUUUUAUAACAACUCACCUCUGUAAACAGACAGCAUAUUUUUGAAUCUUGUAUUCUUUGCACCAUUUACAGUUUUUAUUACAUCUUUGCUGAAGAAUUAUUCAAUAUUAGUUCCCCCUCCUCACUGAACGAGACAAGCAUGAAGUCUUUUUUUUUAAUGCUCACUUAGGGGUACUUUAAUAAGAAGUGUUCUUUAUUCGUGAUAUCCGUUGUAGGCUUAUCAAAAACAAUUUUGAUUUGCUGUUAUUAAUUGGAUUAUCAGUCGUUACAUUGUUUCAUUUUGAAAUACCAUUAAUUUGGAUUCAAUAUAUAUUUACAAACCUGCAAAGUUUUUAUCAGUAACCUUGUUGUUUACCUAUAUGGUGAAACCCAGCUGCAUUGCAGACUUUGACAAACUGCUUGGAAACAACAUCAUAGUCUAGGUUAUCAAGUGUUAUCUUAACUGUAAUUAUGACAAGCAUUUGCAUUAUAUAUGAUGUGUCAAAUCAUAUCUAAGAUAAUUAUAUGCAAAAUAUUUAAUAUGUUGAUAUACCCGCAAUUCUUCCAUUGCUGGGAUUUGGUUGGAUACAUCUUUCCAUAGUGAUUUUUUUCAAAAGUACUGGUAAUUUCUAGUAAUGUGGGCUUACAUCCAAAGUUUCUUUAGAUAUUCAAGACGAUGCUAUCAUAUUUUUUUUUGAAUAUAUUUUGAGUUGUAAGAGUUGUUUGAAGCAUUGAAUCGGCAGUUUAUUAACAUGUAGAAUUCAUAGACAUCUCACAGUAGCAGUAUUGUGCACCACAAUGUAUUUUAUGCACAGACGUGCGCAGGGAAAUUCCACCAAUGACAUGCACUGUGGCUGUUAUUUUAUGAAGACCAGUUGUCCUAGAGCUUUGACAAUAAAGAAUCAACUCAAAAA